AUGUCCCAGCCCUUUUCACUAAGACCCAUGGGACUAAUCCAAGGGGUCUUUGGGAGACGAGCACCACCACCGACCCCGCCUGCUGUCGGUUUAAAAGACGAGUCUGAUGUAGAGGAGUUGUUGGCUCGCUUGUGUCGGCCAGCAUCCGCGACCAACUCGGCUGUAUUUCGCAGUGUGAGUGUCAAACGAUGCAACGAGAUCAGCGACAUUCUCUUCAAGAAAGGCAAAAAUAACGGCGAUGAGCGACUACUCGCAUGGAGCGAGCGACCGCGAAUAUAUUUUGUUCUACGGAACAUCCAGCGGUUGGAUCUGCUGGACUAUUUCGUGAAGGCCGAGUUGACGGACUUCCAUAUUCCGUUUAACGAGGACACUUUGCCAGUUUUCCUGCGUGAGGAUGGCCUCCGAGAAUCAUUCCUGCGGUUUCAGCCAUACGUGCUUUCCUCGGGGGCGAAGGGUUUGGAUAACCGUGGUGAACCGCACCUGAGCUUUGCGGGGGAUGCGCAGAGGUACUUUUACUACAAGGGAUCGCUGGGCCGGGGGGGAUAUGGAGAAGUCGACGCCGUCACCAGCCGAUUGAGUCUCCAAUCAUAUGCGCGAAAACGCGUCCUGCGCGGAAGAGAUACCCAGACCAACAAGCUAGGACAAGCGUUUCUAAUCCGGGAGUUAUCGUAUCUCAAAGCCCUGUCUCAUAUUCACCUCGUUCGGUAUGUUUCGUCAUACACCGACGAGAAGUACAUUGCAUUCUUGAUGCAGCCCGUGGCCGACUAUGACCUGGAGACAUUGUUGAAGAACUUAGGCCGCGCUGGAACGGGUGCUGAAUGUUUGCGACCAUUCUUCGGCUGUCUAUCAGGAGCGAUUCAGUAUUUGCACGAGAACAAGAUCCGCCAUCGGGAUCUCAAGUCGCGGAACAUCCUCGUCAAGGACGGUCAAGUCUUUGUGGCUGAUUUCGGAACCGCUUAUAGUUGGAAGGGCUCGAGACAAAGCACCACCAACCAUCGCAAUGUCCCAUUUACGGCCGAGUACAUUGCGCCGGAGGUUGCGCUGAACCAGAGCCGCAGCACCGCCAGCGAUAUGUGGUCAUUGGGCGUGGUGUUCCUAGAAAUGUCUACCGUGCUGUUGGGCAGCACCGUUCGGAAACUGAAAUCUCUGCUACGUGACAUUUCACAUUCCCGUGGAGCCGGGCCGUACCUGUGGGCUAAUCUUCCAGUGAUCGAUACAUGGAUUGAGGGGCUUACCCGCUGCGCAGCAGAGCGAGAUGAAAGCACCGAACCACUAUCCUGGGUCCGAGAUCUGCUGCAAGACAGACCAAAUAAGCGCCCGAAAGCUGAAGAUCUUAUGAAGCAGAUUAUGGAAUCGCCCUCUUUUAACGCAUUUUGUUGCGUUGACUGCUGGCCGGAUUACGAGCAACGUUCCUUUCUCUAUACCCAGCAACCCCAAGACAACAAUGCUUCCGCGCCGGGGAACUCGGCGGACGUGCAAGCCCAGCUCACUGCGUUAUUGGAUCCCCCAGUCGACAGAGCCCGCGAACAGGAGAAAAACCGGACCAUCAGGUACUGGCUGGACACUGUUGCUGACGACGAUAUGAAUUUGACCUCUAUGGGCGUCAAUGGCACAGCAGAGUCUUCGGAUAUAGAGGUUCCUAUCCAAACAGUGGAGGACAAUUCGACAUAUUACUCUGCAGAGAGCUCUGACGAGGAAAGAAUGGUGCAGCUUGAUGGGCUAUCUAUCACCGGCAGUUACCAGUCGUUGGAUGACACCACCGAGUCGCAUAGCGGCCAGGCCGAUGGUGAGUCAAAGAGGACAACUAUUCCGUUGGAAGACAACACAGAAUCCCCUGAGAGCCUCGCAUUCCAAGAUGAAGCGCACAAACGCGAAGCGGAGUCUGGCGCGGCAAACGUCGAUGGUUCUCAACCACGGAAUAUAUGGCCACCUGCAGAAGCGGAGUUCAAUGUUUGGGCGGAUGAUGGCCGGACUGGCACAACCACCCGAGAACAGGAGUUUCCAGCGGACAUUCUACCGUCUUCCAACACUAUUUGGGGAUACGCUGAGUCACUGGACUUGCCUCCGCCCCUUCCGUUGACAGAGGAAUCGAUCAGCACCCCCUACUACCAAGAACAGGGGGGGUUUGUUCCAUCGAUGUUCGAUCCAGACGAAGAGUCUACGGUGUCUUCGUCACCUGAGCAGGAAAUGACAACCCCAAUCGAAGACGGAUUCUUGACGGCACAAUCAACAGAGAUAACUAAGCCCCCACCGUUGACUUCCACUGGUACUCAAGGCAAAUCUGAAACUGCUUUGGUGACUACCCGGUGUGAAUACGACGCGAUGGUGGCAUGGUCGAGGGAGACCAAGCCAUAUGAAGAACAGCUAGCAUAUGAAAGCACCGAUGACGCUCUGAAUGAACAGGUGCAGACGACCGAUAGUAACGGGUCUUCUUUGAACCUGAAAAGUGAUGCAAGCAUCGAAAGGGUACAGGGAAAUGCAUUGCAAAGAGCACCAAAGUUCGAGUUGGGCCUCCUUAGAAGACCUAGACCUGAAAAGAAACGGACCAAUAAACCCCCAGGAGGAGAGUUGCUCAUAUUACCACCACCAGAAAAAAGAAAUCUAUCCAAAGAACAGGUUGAUGAAAGUGCGAUAAUAGAAAAACUGCAGAGCGACACAACAGCAUCCAAACCCGAAACAGAAGAUCAAGCAUCAUCAGCCAAGGAGCAGUCGGCCAUAGCCCGCUUCAAAAAAGGCUCCAUGUCUCUCCACAAACAGGCACUCCUAACAAGUGCAAAACAGACGACCACGAAGAAAGAUUCGCUGAUAUCUGUCUUCAGUCCGGAGGUGUAUAUGAACACGACCUGGGAGGCCGCUUCGUCGCAGGACACCAGAAUUGUCCCAAUAAACCGCAACAAACGGUGGUGGAAAUGGAUAGAUCGAGACCAACAUAUUCUCGAGGGCUUUUGUACCGAAGGGGCCGUGCAAGCUGUGCGAACCCUGCUGAAGGACGGAUGCAAUCCAGGAACCGAGUUCAAACCGCGACCAACGCCUCUACUCCGAGCCAUCCAGGGUGGUACAUAUCAGCACUACAAGUGCGUCCAAGCGCUAAUGAAUCACGACGUCAACUUGAACGUCGCCGAGCGGAGGACUGGACGCACUGCCUUGCAGAUCGCAAUCGAACAACCCUUUUUCGCCGGCCAUACGAGUCUCGUCCGAGAUCUGAUCGACGGGGGAGCUGACACAAACAAGCCUGACCAUACUGGCAAACGACCGAUCUUGAGUGUUUUCGACAUCCAAGGGAACAAUGCCCUUGGAAAGCACCAACUGGAUGCGCUAGCAUGUCUUCUCGUCGGAGGCGGAGGGAAAGAGACCAAUGUCAAUGUCUACACACCCCAUGGGCACGACAGUCCGUUGCACCUUGCCAUACGGCGUAGGAGCCCCAUGGCCGUUGGCCUGUUGCUUUUCCGGGGCGCAUUAGUCAACGCUAAAAACCAAGCUGGUGCCACGCCCCUCCUCCUGGCCGCGGCUCAAUGGGCUGGACCCUUGGUCGCGGAUCAGAAAACCAUUCUAGACCUCCUUCUUCAGAAUCCAGAUAUCAACUUGAAUGAGAUUGCCGGCGUACAGCGUCGAACGGCGCUCCAUCAAGCAGUUUUUCGCGCCUCGACGACAGCCGUAGAAAUGCUUCUUGAAAAAGGUGCUGAUAUUUCGAUCCAGGACUCCGAGGGUAACACAGGGCGACAAUUGGCGUCAAAGCUGGACGAGACCAAAUGGAAAGAUGAACGGGCCGAGAUAAUUCGGCUUUUGCAUCAAAAGGACACUAGGACAUAUUUAGUGCGGCUCGGUGCGGACUUUGCGGGUGUGGCCAUGCCAUCCUAG